AUGUGGAAUUCUAGAUCAAGAGAGUGGAUGUACAACCGGAUUGAUCCAAGGAUAAACAAUAUCUCGAGAGAAUAUUCGGCGGGUGUUGAUGAGUUUAUCGAAUUUGCUUGUUCUCAGCUGCCAAUGGCCAAAAGAGGUAAAGGUAAAAUCCCGUGCCCUUGCAUAAUUUGUCAGAACGAGAAGUCUUUGAAAGCAGAAAUUGUUUCGACGCAUCUGCAUGGUAGAGGAUUUAUGCCACAUUAUUUUGUUUGGUCUGAACAUGGUGAAGAUUAUGAUGUUACUGGGGCAGGAACAAGUAGUCAUUAUGAUACUGCAGAUUAUGCUAGCGGUAGUCAAUCAGUAGAGCAUGAUAUAGGGAAUGUAUAUGCUGGGAUGGUGAAUGAUGCAUUUCAGGGUUCGACGACAUUUAAUGCAACUGAUGGAAGUGGAUAUUAUGUUCAGGAAGAACCGACUCAUGAGGCAAAAAAGUUUUAUGAUAUGUUAGAUGCUGCGAAUACUCCUAUUUAUGAAGGCUGUCGUGAAGGUCAAUCGAAAUUAUCAUUGGCUUCUCGAUUCAUGAAUUUGAAAGUAGACCAUAACAUGUCUGAAAGUUGCGUGGAUGGAUGGGCUGAGUUGUUCAGGGAGUAUUUACCAGAGGAUAAUCAAGCAACUGGUUCAUAUUACGAGACAGAAUCUUUGAUGCGAAAGUUAGGUUUGCCGUACUAUACAUAUGAUGUAUGUAUAGACAAUUGUAUGCUGUAUUGGAAAGCAGACGAGAAUUUGGAGCAUUGUAAGUUCUGUGCAAAACCAAGAUACAAGACUAGUGAUGGACGAACUAGAAUACCAUUCAGCCGUAUGUGGUAUUUACCUAUUGGUGACAGAUUGAAGAGGCUGUAUCAAUCACAGAAAACUGCAGCAGCGAUGAGAUGGCAUGCUGAGCAUGAGUCACAAGAUGGAGUAAUGUGCCAUCCAUCUGAUGCAGCAGAGUGGAAGAAUUUCCAAAAGCUGCAUCCUUCAUUUGCAGAAGAAAAGAGAAACGUUUAUCUUGGAUUAUGUACAGACGGAUUUAAUCCUUUUGGGAUGUCGAAAAAUCAUUCGCUGUGGCCCGUCAUCAUCACACCAUACAACUUGCCUCCAGACAUGUGCAUGAGAAGUGAGUAUCUGUUUCUUACGAUACUAAAUUCUGGACCAAAUCAUCCGCGAGCAGGUAUUGAUGUUUUUCUCCAACCACUAAUCGAGGAGUUAAAGGAAUUGUGGAGUAAUGGAGUGGAAGCGUAUGACAUUUCAUUAGAUCAGAAUUUUAACCUUAGAGCUGCUCUUUUAUGGACAAUCAGUGAUUUUCCUGCAUAUGGUAUGUUGUCGGGAUGGACUACACAUGGAAGAAUAUCGUGUCCGAUUUGCAUGGAUGAUACAAAGGCAUUUCAGUUGCCGGCUGGUAGAAAGACAUGUUGGUUUGACUGCCAUAGAAGAUUUCUUCCUGCAGGGCAUCCACUACGAAAAAAUAAAAAAGAUUUCCUGAAAGGUAAGCAUGCUUUAAACGACAAUCCACCUCAAUCUUUGACUGGUGAGCAAGUUCUGUAUGAGCGUAUACGGCAUGUGCGACCUCCUAAAACUUCUGAAGUUGGUGGAAAUGGUCAUGAAGUCAAGGUUGACGGCUAUGGUACAUGGCAUAAUUGGCAUAAGGAAAGUAUACUUUGGGAGUUAUCAUAUUGGCCGGAUUUGACGCUACGACACAAUCUUGACAUGAUGCAUAUCGAGAAGAAUGUCCAUGAUAACAUCAUGUAUACUGUUAUGAAUGUUAAAGAUAGAUCAAAAGACAAUGUGAGGUCAAGAGUAGAUAUUGCACGAUUUUGUGAUCGGCCCAAAUUGCAUGUGGAUGAUCGAGGAAAAGCUCCAUUUCCUAUUUGGAGAUUGACGGCCAAAGCGAAACAAUGUUUACUAGAAUGGGUGAAAACGAUGUUAGAUUCCCUGACGGAUAUGUAG